AUGGCUACUAAACAAAAGAAAAAGCAGUAGAACAAAUAAGGCUAAAAAUAAGUCACUAUCACUUAAGAAGAAGAAAAAUAGCCCCAAAUAACCAUUUAAUCUAGCUAACAAAAUGAUAACUAAUCAACUUAUGCAGAAAUUUCGAGUUAAUAGACAAUAGAAAGCUUAGCUAAUCUGACAAAGAAUUAGGCAAAAAAGGAGAAAAAAAAGAAGAAAAAAAACGCUACUAAGUCCGCAAUUGAUAUAAAAAGAAAAUUAAGUGUAGACCCAAAUUAGGGAGGCAUCAAAUUUUUAAAUCUCAAGCCUCCUAAAGAAAAACCUGAAGAUACCAAAUAGAAAAAUAAAGAUGAAAACAAUAAAAAUGAUGAUGAUGAGGAAAAUGAAGAUGAUCGCUCACAAUCUCAAAGUGGCCAUGAUAGCUCAGAUCCAGAUGAAAAUGAAGACUUCAUUGAUUACAAACCUGAUGGAUAUCAUCCAAUGCAUGAAGGAGAAAUUCUAGAUAGCAGAUACAUUGUUCUUAAGAAACUUGGAUGGGGUCAUUUUUCAACAGUAUGGCUAGCCUUUAAUCUUAGUGAUAAGAAGUUAUAUGCUUUAAAGAUCAUUAGAUCUCAUAAGAAAUAUUUGAGCUCUGCAUAUGAUGAAGAAGCAAUUUGUAAAAUAAUAGCCGAUAAUUAUCAAAACUCAGUAUGGGUCAAGAGUGUUAGAUAAUACCUUAAUAAUCCAGCACUCAGUGUUAAUAGAGAUCAUACUCAUUGCCUUUAGAUGUUUGAUUGGUUUAAUCAUCAUGGGGAGAACGGAAGACACUUUACCAUGGCUUUUGAAGUAUUAGGAAGAAACUUACUUUCUCUUGUGAAAAAAUAUGAUUACCGAGGCAUUCCUUUGCCAAUUGUGAGGGAGAUCACCAAACAGCUCUUAAUGGCUUUAGAUUACAUGCACAGAGUUUGCAAGAUUAUCCACACAGAUCUAAAACCAGAAAAUAUCACAUUCUAACUAAGAGAAGAGGAGUAGUUUGAUCUGCUUUACAAGUAUGUACUUUGCACACCAUUAGUUGACUUAUUCGAGACUUAAGAGAAAAUCAUUCUAAACAAAAAGCAAUAAAAAAACCAAAAGAAAAAGGACAGGAAGAAGAAAAAGAAGCAAUAAUAAACAACUAAAGUUGAAGAAGAGGAAAAAGAGGAGCAAGAUGAGGAAAAUGAAAAUGAAACAGAAAAAUAGGAAUCUACUGCUGAGUAGUAAGCUUCAAAAGCAAUUAAAGUCAUUGGAGAAAUGAGAAAUAAACUGAUUCAAGCAGAUAAAUAAUACUUUAUUGCUCCUAAGAGAAGAAAUGUAUCAGAACUCACAAGAAGUAAAGAAAAGUUGUUGACUUCGGACGAGAAAAUGAAUAUCUAGGAGCAUCCAUUAAAGAAUCAGUAAAAUAGAAAGCCCAAGGAAUAUUUGAGAAUGAAUUCUCAGACUCACCUGUGGAGUGACAUGGUUAAAUUUAAUGAGUACAAACCAAUGGAUGAUAUUGAUGUGAAAGCAAUCAAAGAAAUGCAGUUUAAAGUCAAAAUAGUUGAUAUGGGAAACGCCUGUUACAUUGAUGAACACUUCUCAGAUAUUAUUCAAACUAGAUAGUACAGAUCUCCAGAGGUAAUAUUCAGAGGGGACUAUGAUCAGUCAGCCGAUAUGUGGAGUUUAGCAUGCACAGUCUUUGAAUUGGUUACUGGCGAUUACUUAUUUGAGCCUAAGAAGGGAAGAACAUUUACUAAAAAUGAAGAUCAUUUGGCCUUGAUUUCUGAACUGCUUGGUGAAUGCAAGAACUCUAAAUUCUUAAACUCUGGCUACAAAUCUGAUAAUGGAAGACUGAAAAACAUAAAGAAAUUAAAGUAUUGGGGUUUAAGAGAUGUCUUGAUUGAAAAGUACAGAUUAAGAGAGUUUGAAGCGACUGAACUUACUGACUUCCUGAUGAAGAUGCUUAAGUGGGAGCCUAAGGAUAGAGCAACUGCUCAAGAGAUGCUGCAGCAUCCCUGGCUAAAGAUGAUGCCUAAUUACAGUACAAAGAUGAGUCGAAGAGAACUGAGAGAAUUCAAGAGAGUAAACAAGUAUUCUCAGAUUAGUGAUUCAACAAAUAGUGAUUAAGAAUAGGCUCUCGAUAAUGAAUAAGAAUUAGAAGUGAAAGAUGAUUUAGAAUUGCCAAGUGAAAUCUAAUAGCAAGAGAACAAGAGAAACGAUUGA